AUGGAGCGGUCCAGCCACCCCGGCUUCCAGGACCAGAGACUUCUCCUCCCAGGAGCACCCCAGGUCCACCGGAUUGAGUUGCCCGGGCUGGAGGUGAACCUGAGACUCGUGUGGCUGGACCUUCGGGAAACGAAAGAGAAGAUCCCUUUGGUGAGAGGCUUUGAGGAGUUUGCUGGAGGAGGGUACAAUGUCUUCGAGAUCCACUCGCUCAUGGUGGCCCCGGCUUUGACCAGGAAUAUCUUGCUCCUUUUCCACAGUGUCAACUACUACUUUAUCAACAACCAGGGCCACCACAUCAAAGGCCUUGCUGUCAUGCAUUGAAUGACACACCUAUGAAUGAAGGGUGCCCUCCUCUUCAUCAUUUCCUUGAUCAUCGCUGGCUGGGCCUUUGUUAACUGCAUUCUGUCCAACAAGGAGGAGAUCUUCGGGAUCAGGAUCCCCCCACAGGUCCUGGCUGACCUGGCCCACAUUGUCAUCAAGUCCUAUGAGGAGGGUGUCAGUGACUAUGGGCUUCUCUUUCUGGUAGAUCUUAUCUGCUGCGAUACCAUCCUUUUUCCUGUGGUCUGGUCCAUCCAACAUCUGGCACCAAGGAAGGGUGAGGACCCCUCAAUGGCAGUGAACCUGGCCAAGCUGAAGCUGUUUCGGCAUUACUAUGUCAUGAUCAUCUGUUGCAUCUACUUCACGAGGAUCAUCGCUAUCCUGCUGUGGGUUGCCAUGCCCUUCCAGUGGCAGUGGCUGUACCAGCUCUUGCUUGAGGACUCCACUCUCACCUUCUCCUUACUCACCACAGGUUACAAGUGCUGCAGUCAGGCAACAACCUCUGCAAGUUUUCAGGGUGGAGUGGGGUGGGACUUGGACAGCUCUGGGGACAGGGCCUGGCACCCAUGA